CCCAAACCAAACAUUAAUCGAUCUGUCGGUCAAGAUCUAGAUCCUUUCGAAGGGGGGUUACAAAAGUGAGCGGCUUUGCAAGACCCCGCGCAGUUGUUCAUUGAAUCUUUUAACAGUCAUACAGUUACUUUAUGUAAUUAGAAAAAUGAUGUUUAAAUUUUUAUUAGCGUCAGUUCUGUGUUGGGGAGUAAAUAGUUUCCCAGAUGGUGCACCGGUGGAUACUUGUGUGAAAAAUCGCGCGAAUCAGCCCAAUCACGGACAACAUAGAUCGCAAUCACUGGCUACACUGCCCUACAGGGUUCUAGCUUCCUCGUCUACCUAUGGACCACAUUCAACUAUCACAGUUACAAUCGAAGGAUCGGAGCCAUUCAAAGGUUUCUUCCUCCAAGCGCGAUCAGUGGAAUCGGACGAGUGGCUGGGGUCGUGGGAAGAGGCGCCCAACACCACCAUCCAUCCGGAAUGUUCUGCGGUGACGCACGCCGACCCCAGAGACAAGAACAGAGCCACCCUGGUGUGGCGAGCGCCCAACGCGCACGGCAGGAUUUAUUUCACGGGCACAGUGCUAAAGAACUAUGGCACUUUCUGGGCGGACAUCAUAGCCGAAGCGCCACAAGACCCUGUGCAACUGCAGACACUGGGCUAAACUAGUUAUCUAUACUUUUUAUAUACUAUACUUAUUAUAUUUUAUAUUAUUUUUUCUUUAUUUAUUAUGUUGGGUACGUGUAUGUAGCUAUAGUCAAUGUUUAUUGUAUAAGUAAUAUAUCAAUCGUAGUUAUAUAUCUCCUUCUUCACUGUUAAUAUACACACACACACCGUUCGCACACUGAUUCAGGUCCCAUCUGAAAAUCAGUAUAUCGCUCCUCUGGGUGAUAUGUGUAGUGAGAUGGGCCUUUUUGUAUGUCUGCAACACAGUACAUUUGCUCAAUAAUUGUGCUAUGUGGUGAAUACUGUGUUUUAUUUUGUGUUUUUAGUCUGGUUGUGUAUUGUGUUGUUGUUUUACAAAUGUUUUAUCUAUCUAUCUAUACAAGCGUUUAGUGGGUCAAGGCUAUUUCUAAUUAUUGGUUCAAAUGGGCCAAAAUAUUUUAAAAUGUGAUUAUUAAAAUAUUUUAGAAAAUAGUGUAAGCAUAUAAUUUCUAGAAUGAAAAUAAUACGCAGUAGAAAAAUCCUGAUGAUAUACUUAACUAUUAAAAUCAAACACCUCGUUUAAAUAUAUUGUUACCUAGUUUAUAAGUUCUAUAAUACUAUGUUCUAUAAUAAUAUAUUUCCCAAA